GAUUGUCUGAAAAAUUUUGGUGACAAAUUAACGCGUUUAGAAGAAACAGAAAUCAUGGACUACCCUAAAAUUUGGUUUUUAGGUCCAGAAGCCCGCAAAGUUCAGGGAGUGGAAGGGGGGCCCAAUAAUAAUGGAUAUGAUGAUAAUGACGGAAACUAUUUGAGAGUAUUACAUGAUCAUUUAGCAUAUCGAUAUGAGAUUAUAGAACUACUGGGUAAAGGAUCAUUCGGCCAAGUCGUUAAAGUACUGGAUCAUAAAACGAAUACAAUUGUAGCCAUAAAGAUUAUUGUCAAUAAAAGAAAGUUUCAUAGGCAAGCAUUGGUUGAACUAAAAAUACUAGAUAUUCUUCGCAAAAGUGAUAGAGAAGGAAAUUGUAAUGUAAUACACAUGAAAGAAUACUUUUUCUUCAGGAAGCAUGUCUGUAUCACAUUUGAACUGCUAGGGAUGAAUCUAUACGAAAUGAUUCAGAAAAAUAAUUUCAGAGGCUUUAGCAUGGAAGUGGUUAGACGACUUGCAAUAUCUAUCUUAAAUUGCAUGCGGUUACUGCAGAGAGAACGAAUCAUUCACUGCGAUUUAAAGCCAGAAAAUAUUCUAUUAUCGAAACGGAGUAAAGUGGACAUUAAAGUUAUCGAUUUUGGAUCCAGCUGCUUCGAAGAUAAAAUCGUCUACAAAUACAUCCAAAGUCGCUACUACCGUGCACCGGAAGUGAUCUUAGGGAUCCGAUAUAAUUUAGCCAUUGAUAUGUGGAGUUUGGGCUGUAUACUUGCGGAGUUAUAUUCAGGUGUCCCAAUGUUCCCUGGUGAAAACGAAGCAGAACAACUCGCAUUAAUGAUGGAGAUGCUUGGCAUACCUCCUCGUGAGAUCCUAAUCAAUCGUGAUCGGAAAGCAUGCUUUUUUGACUCAAAAGGUAAUCCCAAGAAUAUUGUUAAUUCAAGAGGAAAGACUCAUUGGCCAAAUAGUAAGAGACUAUGUAACGUGUUAAAAUGCCACGAUGAACUGUUCUUAAACUUUUUGGAGAAAUGUUUCGUCUGGAAUCCGCUGUAUCGCAUGAAACCCGAUGAAGCUUGGGAACAUCCGUGGAUUCAAGCGGUAUGGCAUUAG